CACUAAAAAACAUGCACUUGGUUACUUGUGAAUUUUCAUACUCGACAUACUUGUAUUGUAGCCGUCGUUGUCUGGGCUGAGGAAAUUAAAGAGCUCCUUGAGGAUGUCCACUUGGAGUGAAACUACAGCGGCGAUUAAUCGAUAUCUUACUUUAAUCUUCGCGGAAAAUUCAGGUUAUGUUGUGCGAGGUUAUGUAGAUACUAUUAAAGGAGGUCCUAAAUCGUAGCUGUUGUAAUCGAAGGAGUUGUUAGAAUGUGACGACAUUUUCGAGUGGAUUUGGCUGAAUUUUACCGAAAAAAUGUGACUUCAGUUUUUUGUUUGAACUCUUUUGUAAUAUAAAUAAAAUUAGGAACAUUGGUUGUUUAUGUUUGUACUGCGUUGAUGACUUCAUUCGCUAGUUAUUUCCGUUUUUGUAAAUUUUGUGAAAUGGUAUCCAAUCGCACAUAAUUUUAAAGUUUUAAUAUCGCAUUAUCUAAAACUGUUCAUAAAUUGAAUAAUGGGAUCCGUCGUAUCGAGGCAUCCUUUCAAUAUCCUAUUCUUCUCGAAACGCGACGACUUGUUCCUAGACGAUUACAAACGCUGCGACAAUUACGAGACGUUACUUAGAGAGCACCCUCAGACUCGGAUACAAUCCGAAUUGGACGAAAAAAGGAAGCGUUUGCUGAUUGCAGUCACUCAUAAUGACAUACAACAAGUGAAAGCGCUCUUAGAUUCACCAAGACUGUAUAAAGUUACUGACAGGAACGGCGAAAAUUUACUGCAGAUAGCGAUCAUUCGAAACAAUGCAGCCGUUUUCGACUAUUUGCUUUCGCUCGAAGACUUCCCUCUGGAAUUGGUCAACAGCGACAAAGAAACGGCGUUAAUAACUGCCGUUAGUGGGGGUUUAGACGACAAUGACUACUACUUUGCGGAACAGUUGGUGAAAAAAGGCGCCAAUUUGCGGCACAUGGAGUAUUUAACCAGAACAGUGUGGUACUACUCCAUUAAAAACCCUAGAAUGAUUAAACUGUUGGCGGAAACGGGGGCUGAUGUUAACACUUGGCACAGACAUUUUGAAACGCCUUUACAUAUGGCUUGUCGCUACAGCAACGACGAAGUCGUGUCAAUUUUGUUGUUUUUUGGAGCUGAUCCGCUCACCAAGGGUCAUGAGGGCUUAAUCCCUUUCGAUAUAGCAGUCCUACAGAAAAAUCGCUUCCAACAAAAACUUUUGUUUAAAUAUACGUUUGACGCAUUCUCUCAAUUUAAAAUAAAGUGGAGGAUUCUGCUGAAACUAGCUCGCCAGCAGUCGUCUCUAUUUGAAAAAUUCGAUCAAUUGGUUAUGGACAGAUCGACGUAUAGUAUGAUGGAGCAAGGCGAACUGGAAGAACUAUUGCAACUUGAUUCCAAAACACUAAAAAAAGUACUAACGAAAUUUAAGAACGUAGUUCGUUGGUUUCUACCAUCGUGUAGUUUCCACUUCUGGUGGAAAAAAGAGGACAAUAUUUUAGAAAAGAUCGAAGUUCUGGUGAAGUGUGGAUUGGAAGACGAGGUGAUCAAGUGUGUCCAAAAUACGAAUACUACGCUUUUGUUUCACUUCUUGUUGAAGGAGUUCGAUGAGCCUACGGUCACUGCAAUCACGUGUUAUUUGUUGUCGUAUGACUUGCGUCUCACUGAACACGAUUUACAAGAUGUUUACGAAGCGUACGGUUACUGCGAACUGUUUAAGAUAAUGCUACACAUGGAUGUCCAGAUGGAGAUGAAGCGACAACAAAUGGUGCCUUCUUUUAUCUACGACCUCACGUGGGAUUUCAAAACUUGUCGUCGAAAACCGUACUGUUUUGUAAAUGUGGAGCAUUUGUUGUAUUACUUUUCGAAUUCGGAAAUAAACGACUUCUGUCGGAUGGCGUGCGGGGACAAAGUUUCAGAAAAGAUUAACAGAAUGCCUCAGGUACCGUCACUGGUGGAGAUUACCAGAAAUGCUUUCCGCAAGCAUUUUAUUCACAGAUAUAAGAUUAAAACCGCAAAGCAGUUCUUUAGUUUGAUUAAUGGACUGUGCAUUAAUGAUGUUUAUAAAAAGAUUAUCACCUACGAGAAAAAGAUCUACUAAUGGAAAGGCGAGACGUGGUGUGUAAAUGUAUAUAAAUAAGUAUAUAUGUAUAUAAUCGCUAUUAUAUCAUAUGUUAUUCCGCCAUAAGACAUGUAUGGUAUAUACGCAAUGAUGUAAAAGUCACAUUGACUGGAGAAUCUCCGUGCUGUGUUGUACAGAUGAAACUUGUGAAACGGGCAAGAAGAAAACGGUACCUACAAUAAAUUAGUAUGAGUUGGAGACUUUUUAUUUAUCC